GGUACAGUUGGAAAUCAUGGCUUGGUUUAUUGCUGACCAGCUUAAAGGUGACAAUGUGACAGAAAUACGGGUGAAAUUUGUCAAAAGAUUAGAAGAUGCCAUUCCUGCUGGUGAAGAUUAGUAUCAUAAAAGUGGUCUGUAAUAAGGGUUUAAGGUUCAUAACUUUGAAAUCCGUUGGAAUCAUUGUUUUAUAGAAUGAAAGGGUGAUAUGUAUAUAGGCUUUCCUCACCAAAAAUCCAUAAAUUAAGAAUUCCUGGGAGAAAGCUCAUAUUUGUAUGGAAUUUAAUCCAGUUACAGACCUGAUGUUUUGGCUUGUUAGGUGAACUGUGUGUUUAUUGAUGUGUAAUUUUUCCUGUAAGAAGACUCAUUUCACAAUUCAAGUACAUUGUAUACUAGCUGUAUUAAUAACACAUGGAAUACCAGUUGAAGUAAACAAGCCAAAACUAGAGAAACUAGAUCUCUGCUUUUUGUUGAAAGUAAAAUUUUUAAAUGGUAAAGGGGAUAUUACAUAAAAAUGUUAUUGCAGUAGAAA